GUUGGGCCAAGACAACGGAUGUAAAUUUAUCCAACUCCUUAAAUGGUUUGAGCUUCAUGGGAAUUCUGGAUGCACGAGUGGGCAGCAGUAUCCAGGGCCUUCCGAACCUCAACUCCGCGACCCCGAGAUCUCUCUCACUGCCCGAGUAUGGGCCUGGCCAGCUGUCCAGUGCUUUAGAAGAUUGUCAUAGCCUUAAAUCAGUGGAUUCUGGUAUUCCAACUCUGGAAAUAGGAAAUCCAGAGCCUGUUCACUGCAGUGUGUUAAAUGUGAAGAGAAAGCAGUCAGAACCUGAAAUUGUGCCUGACAGGGCUUUUCAGAGCGCGUGCACGCUGCCGUCUUACGUGCCUCCACAUUCUCUGACUUCUGAACAUGACCAUGCUGUGCGAAAAUCCUCUACUUUCCCCAGAACUGGGUAUGACACUGUCAAACUUUAUAGUCCACCUUCAAAAACUCUGAAUCGAAGUGAUGACAUUUCGGUGUGUAGUGUUUCUAGUCUUAGCACAGAACUGUCAACAACUUUAUCAGUUAGCAAUGAAGACAUUUUGGACUUUGUGGUCACAAGCAGUUCAAGUGCAAUUGUGAAUCUUGAGACUGAUGAGGCACACUUCUCGGAUGUCACCCUGAAUUCCACUAAAGAGACCAGUGAUCAGAGCCAGCAGGAGUGUUGUGAAGAGACAGACGUGGACAGUAAACGAAAAAUAUUGGGACCUUUUGCGAACUUCUUUGCCAGGAAUUUGUUUACCAGAAAGCAAAGUUCAAGAUUUGAAAAACAAAAUGAUGUGGGGUGGAAGUUGUUUGGAAAAGUACCUCUCAGAGAAAACUCACUGAAAGAUCCAAAGAAAAUACAAAAGGUACUUGCUGUGUUAGGAUUAGUGGUGAAUGUAGAAGCCCGUUAAGUUUAUGAUCUGUGUAUAUGACUGUGAAGCCUCUUUGUUUAAUGAGU